GGUGCAGAGCAGGACGGGAGAACCGAGAAUUGAGUGGUCUUCCUCCGCUGGGAUUUGGCGACCUUAACAUAUUUUUUGUUUGUGUUAAAUUCUGAAGCUCGGUUGUCCGUAACCGUUUUAAGGGAAAGGGAUCUCGUUCUGGAAUGACAAAAAUACAGAUCCGACCACGGCUUGUACACGCAACCGGUUUAAACGUCGUUCCGCAAUUAUUUUUUUGUGGACAGCAAAACACUCGUUUUUUUUAACGCGCUGUAGAGAUAAGCAUCCACUACGACGGCACAAAUUAAGGUAAAAUAGGCCAAGGUCUAUCCCGAGGGAAAGUGCGGCUUAGGAUUGGACACUUUAUGCCUCUCCCACUCACUAACAAGUAAAAAGUAAUCCGGCGGAUGGGAUUUGUAUUUCGUUUUAUAUAUAUUUAUAUAAAUAUGUGUUUUUUUAAUUGAUCGAACAAGCUUUAGGGAGUCAGACGCCAGCUGAUUUCGCUGUUGGCUGAGCACCCUCAAGACUUCGGAGUGGGAAAGUCUUGUGUUCUGCGGGCCGGGAGACUUGACUGGCUGAUAGCGUAUCCCGGGUGAUAAAGGGGGCGUUUAUCUGGGACCUCCAGAUGCGCAGCCGGCUGUCAAGACUCCGACUUAUAGUUGGUUGAGCUACCCAGUUUUCCUUUUCGUCAUGGAAACCGUGCAAAGUUAGCCAUUAUAAGUCUUGAUUUCUCCAUUUUUGUGUAUUAUAAAACCCCAGCCCUGUUCCACAAGUCAGAUCAUCAGCAAAGCAACGGGGACCUAAGUAGCUGAAUGGCCGGUAACGCACACAUGCUAAAUCGCAAUGAAGGGACACUUUGUGGAUUGACAAAAAUCUUGGAGGGGACCUUCACCCCUAAUGGACAAACAUCACAGAGUGGAAACAUGGAAAAGCCAAAAAACUCCAGAGGGCAUACCGAUACAGAAGAUGCUAGUGAAACAGACCUGGCCAAGCAUGAUGAGGAUGAUUACGUAGAAAUCAAAGAACAGAUGUACCAGGAAAAGCUGGCAUCUCUGAAACGACAGCUGCAGCAGCUUCAAGAAGGUACGCUACAAGAAUAUCAGAAAAGAAUGAAGAAGCUGGACCAGCAGUACAAAGAGAGACUGCGCAAUGCAGAUCUUUUCCUUCAGCUUGAGACUGAGCAGGUGGAAAGGAACUACAUCAAGGAAAAGAAAGCGGCUGUAAAGGAGUUUGAAGAUAAAAAAAUAGAACUGAAGGAAAAUUUAAUUGCUGAACUAGAAGAGAAAAAAAAGAUGAUAGAAAAUGAAAAACUCACCAUGGAAUUAACAGGAGAUUCUAUGGAAGUUAAACCAACUAUGACAAGGAAGUUAAGACGCCGUCCAAAUGAUCCAGUCCCCUUACCGGACAAACGACGGAAGCCAGCCCCUGCUCAGCUAAACUACAUGCUCACAGAUGAGCAGAUAAUGGAGGAUCUACGAAUGCUGAACAAAUUGAAAUCUCCAAAGCCACCCGCUUCUCCUUCAUCUCCUGAGCUCCUCCCUACGACCCCCACAGAGUCCCCAGCACACCGCUUUGAAGCACGAAUCGAAGAUGGCAAGCUCUAUUAUGAUAAGAGGUGGUAUCACAAGAGCCAGCCCAUUUAUUUGGAGUCUAAAGAAAGCACAAAGAUCAGCUGCGUCAUAAGCUCAGUGGGGACGAAUGAGAUUUGGGUACGAAAGACCAGUGACAGCACUAAAAUGCGGAUAUAUCUAGGACAGCUUCAGAGAGGAGUAUUUGUCAUUCGACGGAGGUCUGCUGCAUAAGUCUCUCCUAUACUGUUGGUAGUGGACCAUGAAAAAACCCAACCCCACCCCCACCCCCAACUUUGUUUCGAUUCCUUAUUCAAAGUUUAAAACCAUCGCCUUAUUCACUUUGGCUCAGUCUCACUGCUAAGGCUCUUGGACUCUUAACGUGGCGUUUGCCGUGAUAACUGAAUGCCAAGCACAUUUUUGCCAUAAUUACUUUUGUAAAUAAAGGUGAUAUCAAUAAAAUGUUCAUUUCUCAUAAUG